AUGUUGGCAUCCAGACGAUGGACCGUUAGAAUUAAUUUUGGUGGGUACUUGGAGCUCAAAGAACGAGCGAUCUGGAUCUGGGACGUGCGAGUAUGUAUAGCCCGCCUCGUAACGGGUUCAGCCACAUUGGAAGAUGGCAUUCUAGAAAGAGGUAACCAACGUUCUGGACGCGUGAAAAAGGCUCUGCUUCAUUUUUGCCAUGCCUUGUAUCCUGCGUUCAAGUACGUCAACCCCACUCUAGAACAAAAAAUUGGCGGUAGCGAACAGUACAAACCGUCUGUCAGCUUCCUAACCGCGUCUGAGACACACGCGCCGAUCACAUAUCCACUCUUCAAAAGCUUCGUUGGCCCCGUUUACACGUUCUUCCUCAGGGUUACAGCAUUCUCUGUCCAACCCUUUAACUUUUGUGUUCCACCUCUCCACCUCUUUUCCCUCUUCUCAUCGUGUAUGAUCGUUCCUAUGAAUCCUUACAAUCACCCAGAGUACCCAGCGCAUGCUUUACUGGCGGAACAUCCCGGUUCUUUCAAUUCCAGCUUGAGGGAUGGGAGGCACGACGAGCAAGGGUCACAGUCUGAAUCAGAGGAUGGUGCUGGGUAUGCGUAUCCCGACUCGCAUAGAAUUGAGCUAGAGAUGGAAGAGGAUCCGAAUGCCUCAUUGACCAUUCAAACUCUGAACACUGAUGGCACACCCAAGCGGCCCAUGAACGCAUUUAUGAUUUUUGCUAGGAGGAGGAGGCCUCAAGUUUCUGCAGAAAACCAAUCAAUGCGCACAGGCGAAAUUAGUAAAAUACUGAGCCGCGAGUGGGUUGCAAUGGACAUGUCUGAAAAGCAAUUCUACCUGGACCAAGCAAAACUGCUGAAGGAGAAUUUCAAUAACAAAUAUCCUGACUAUGUCUAUAGGCGGCGGCCCAACAAUACUCGAAAAAAGCGACGAACAGACCCUGGUACCAGCAAACCUCUGGAACACCCUGUUGCUGUCGACCAAUUGGCUGAUGAAUUACCGCAGGCCGAUUAUGGCGAUACUUCACCCAUCGACUCAGAAGAUCAGGUCAUGGAGGGCGUUCCACAGAACCUUCGGUACCCCAGCCUGGAAUCUGAUAUACAUCAUGGUACCGAAUACGAUAUUCAGAGGGGCGUAGCAUCUUCACACUCACGGUCGUCAAGCUAUCACCCCCCUGACAAUUCUUACCGUCAAAUGGGAGCAAGCGGCACCAGGCUGUCAUAUAUUUCUCCCCCUCAUGGUCGUGCUACUCCUGAUAUGGCUGUUGUGCCGCCUGCUGCAUCUGCUCGUCUGUUAGAUAGUGUCAAUCAUGCAUCACAAUUUCCCUCGUACUUGCACAAUGUCCAGAGCCAUCACCACCCAUCAUUGUAUUCCUCAGAGACGAACAGCGCUCAUGGUUUUUGGGACGCUAGUGCCACCACGAGGGGUGAUCAGGGUCGCCCGCCUUCUUGGGUUAGUGGCAGUCACGAUAGGUCUGCCGUACCAAUGGACGAUAAAAGUCACUUAUAUCCCAGUGUAUCCCCUCACCCUUGGAAUGGCAAUGUCUCUCCUGCGCCUGUAGGCACGUCUAGUGUUUCAGGACCGCAUACCCCCAACUACGCAUUUCCCACCCUCAAUUCCCCCUUUUAUCCCAACCAAGGCCAUCUACAGGGAAAUUACAACCCGUCAUCUUCGUCCCCUUCAAACUCUGCCCAGCCCUACACGACUUCCUCUCAAAUGCAAAGCAACUCGUUGGGGACCAGGCAAAGCUCGGGCCACGGGUACGAAAAUCGUAGCUUCUCCCCGCUCCCGCCUAUCAACCCCUCCUACUCUCAAAGUAACAGUCACGACAUGCAGUCUUAUCACCACCAGCAGAUUCGCAACCCAACAGCACCAUCACAAAUGUCUCUUCCCACUGUUCAGACGAUAUCUCAGGCUACCUAUCGACAAUCACACCCUUUGCAUCCUUCCCCCCCAGCUGGCUCGGGGGCUGAUCUCUCUUCCCAUAUCGGAUACUGGAGCGGGGACAAAAUGGACAACCAAUAGCUUGAAACGACCGGUUGACCUUCUCGUCAUAGACCCUUUUCCAUCGUUAGGAUAUACGUAUUUUACUUGUGCAUACAUUUCUAUCACAUCAAUCGCUCCGUUGUCUUUAGCUACCGUCUUUCUCGCUGUUCAUUGCAAUUGCUCUCGUAUUUCCAACUGUGUUACCCACCAUCAUGUAUAAUUAAGACAAUCUCGUUGCCUACGACAUGGGUCCUACUUCAUAAUACUCAUAGAAUAACUCGGGUUAGACCCGCAGGAUGAAAAC